AUGAGUGCUCUACUCCAGAUGACUUUUUUGUUCUUCGUGGUUCUUUAUCACGUCGAUUGCUUGACAGCCAUCGGCAGAAAGACGGAAUACUUCAACAGAAUCGUCGAACUUUGCGUCAGAAAACGUCAGGAGACGUCCGGUCAGUCUAACAGAUUCUACCAACUCAACAAUCUCUACAUCGAUGAUUUGGACCCAAUGAGCUUUUUUUUAGACGGGCACUAUACAGGGCUCAAUCCGAAAAUUGUCUACGGUCCCUUUGGGCCAUAUAGAGAUUACGGUGCUGUUCGUUGCAAUUGCACUGGCGCCAUUGACAAAACGAACAAGAAUGGUGAUACAGCCGGACUCUCCUGUUACUAG